AUGGACCUGCCCUCCUGGAGGCACAGUGGUGUCCCUUUGCCCGGUCAGGACAAGUGCAUGCUCGCCCAGGGCGACGUCGACGUGGCCCUCGACGGUUGGGGCUUGUCCGAGUUUUUCCUCGGCCUCUUCGUCGACCUGGUGUUAUCGUUCGUGCUCGCGGCGGGGCCGCUGGUGCUGCGGCGGCUCGUGGCCCACGCCCUCGGGGCGCGGGGGCCGACCGACGCCGAGAAAGACGGGCCGCCGGGCCCCAGGUUGCAGCCGCCGCGCUUCGUGGCCAUUGGACGGGUCACCGUCCCCGCCGCUUUCGCAGACCUGAAGCCCCAGGACGACCCGUCGUGGCCGCCCUGGGCCCCGAAGGUGCUGAUCGAGUUCAUCGACGCGGUGGAUGGCUCAAAAAUGCCGUUGACGUGGCACUGGGUCUGGGUCGAGCAGUCCGGCGUUCGCCGGCGGAGCGGGCCCUCGCGCGAGCUGACGGUUAUUUUCGAGGUGCCGCACUACGCCCUGGUCUACGACAGGCUGGGCCCGACCAUCCCGGCGAGCUUCGAGCGUGGCCAGCCGGGCCUCGACCUGGCGCAGGGCAGCGAGCUCGACGAGACGGGCGGCGUCGCGACGUCCAAGUUCGACGAUUUCAUCGCUGAGGAGCAGAAGAGUCGCGGGAUCAUCCUCAAGCAGGAGCGGCUCUGGCGGGAGAGGCAGGAUCACGAGUCGAAGAAGCGCGGAAGGGGCGCGGCAGCUGCCGGGUCCGACGAGGGGAAGGGGCGACAGCCGACGAAGCCCGCGCCGAAGGAGAAGGCGCGGGCCAUGGCCAAGGCGAACCGAGGUCGCUCGGUGGAGUUCCUCGCGCGGAUGGCGAGGCGCGGGCUGGCGGGCGGCCAACGCCGACGCGAGGCCUGCGCCGGCGCGCUUUUCGUGGCCAAGAAGAGCGGCGACAUCCGCGCGGUGGUCGACGCCCGCCAGGCGAUUCAGCGUCACCGGCCCCCGCCCGGCGCCACCUUGGCAUCGGGCGAGGCGCUGGGUGCCGUCGACCUUCUCGACGCCGUCAGCGCGUCCCCAGAGGGCCGGGCCGACCUCGACGGCGGCUUCGAUCCGCCGCGAGUCGCGGCCGGCGAGCUCGGGAUCUCCACGAUCUACGACGAGGUGGCGACGGCCCUUUGCAUGGGCGACGGAAACAUGGCUUCGCUCUCGUCCGACGCCCUCAACGAACGGCGGUCCGCCCUCGCCGCCGAGCUGGGCCACCGCGCGCUGCGCUGGCACGAGCUCGAGCGGGCUCGGCCGGGGCUUGCCGCCCUGGGCCUCGACCUCGAGGAACAGCACCAGCAGGACCAGGACCAGGAGUGGAACGAGGAGCAGCCCGUGGAGGAGGAGCUCGCCGAUCUGGCGACGCCGGUGCCGGCCUGCGGCACGGCUACGCCAGAAGCCGCCGGAGCGCAGGCCUCGGAGGAGGAGGGCGGCUGCGGGCCCGCGGCAUGCCCAGCCGACGAGGAGGGGACCCCUGAGGCUGAGCAGGCCGAACUGGCGAAGGAGGACCCGGCCCAGCCCGACGAGGCCGGGCGCGCGGCGGCGAGCCCGGUGCGCCCCGCGGGCACCGGGGGCACCGUGCGAAAGGACAGCAUCGUCAUGCUGCCCAAGGGCAGCCGGAAGGACAGCAUCCUAUUGCUGCCCACGGCGGCGCGUCGCCACAGCCUGCGCGGGCUCUACGCCACGAUGGUCCUUCCGCCCGGCCUCGAGAGGGGGCACGCGGGCGAGGGCCUUCCCUGCCCGACGAGCGGCGCGGUCGCGCUGGGCCGGCGCCUUCGCAGCCGAGACGCAAGCAACAGCGACACCGAGGGUUGCACCGGUCAGGGCGGGGCACCGCCUGGCCGGCUGCUGCCGCUGCCAGCCCCCGUGAGGACGUGGUCACUCCACGGGUCAGUGCGGUCCACAUUGCCGGCGCGUUGGGCCCAGAAGCUCCCGAGGUUGUGCGAGCACGCGAGCGAGCAGAGCGGUCUCGCCGCAACGCCGCCCAGGCUGCGGCACAGAG